CACAAGCCCAGGGUCACCUCCCCUGGAGAAGAUGAGGCAGCCUACAACAUUCUGAGGAGAUGCUCUCAGUGUGGUACCCUACUUCCCCUGCCCAUCCUAAAUCAACAUCAGAAAACAAGUGAUUGGCUUUCAUCCCCCAUUUUUGGAAGCCCUGCCUACUGCACAGCUUCACUGGACAUCCCGGUUCCUUGAUGGAUGAAGAAAGCCAACUGCUCCAACCCCCAGAUCAGAGCUACUGGGCCGCUCUGCCCGAUGUAUGCCUGUGUCGUAUUUUCUGGUGGCUGGGAGACAGGGACAGGUCCAGCGCAGCCCUUGUCUGCAGAAAGUGGAACCAGAUGAUGUAUUCAGCUGAGCUCUGGCGAUACAGGACCAUCACGUUCAGCGGGAGGCCCUCCAAGGUGCAUGCAUCCGAAUACGAGUCUGCUGUUUGGUAUGUUAAGAAAUUUGGCCAUUAUCUGGAGCAUCUGGAGAUCAAAUUCUUGCAUCCUUACAAUAUUUUCUUGACGAAGAAGUUCCAGAUCACCAUGCGAGGCCUUCUCUCAUGCCUGGGCAAGCGUAAUGAGGGUCUGAAAUCUCUCUCCAUUCAGCACCUGGAGCUGGACCGUCUGGUCUGGAGAAACAGUGUAAGGAGGUCAUUCAUCAAAAGCUUAAGCUUCUUCUUAAAGAAAAUGGGCAAACACCUGGAUUAUCUCAACCUGAAAGGGGCCAGGCUGACCUUGGAGCAAGGCUGCCAUGUGCUCAACUCCCUGAGCUCUCUAAGGAGCAGAAGUGUGGUGUCAGAACUCAACAUCGAGGACUUCUUCAGCCACCACCUCGCUGUCUACGGCAGCCCCCAGUUCAAUAGGACCAUGGCCAUGUUCCAUGGCCUGGUGUCCCUGACCCUCAACUACAACUGCAUCUCCGAUGAGCUGCUGGACAACUUGAGUGAGAACAAUGCCAGUACCCUCAGAAACAUGUACAUUAAAUGCCACAUUCAUGACCCCCACAGGCAGGUCAUCUGGGGCAUGUCCUGGGCCAAGCUGGCCAGGCACACCACUAACCUGAAGGUGAACUUCUUCUUUGAGUGGGUCAUGAAGUAUGAGCACUUGGCCAGGAUCCUCUUGCAGGAGAUCCCUGUCAGGAGCAUAAGUCUGAGAAGCUGCUAUUUCAGUGACCCAGACUGGUCGAUGAAGCCCACUCUGCUGGAUCUCCUGCCCACCUUCCGGCACACUCUGAAGAAAUUAACUUUUGAGUUCAACAACAACCAUGAAUCACUGGACGAGGAGCUGUACCUCCUCAUCUUAUCCUGCAAGAAGUUGUUUUACUUAAAAAUCUGGGCUUUCCUUGAUGUUAAGUUCGUGGAGAGGAUCCUGAAGAGUCAGAGGAAAGGCCAAUGUGCCCUGCACACGCUCAAGGUGAGAAUUUAUACAAACAGAUAUGAGACAGAUGAAGAGGACAGGAUGCUGAGGGAAAUUUACAGGAGGUACAGAAAGCUGAUCGAUUCAGAGCUUAACUAUUUUGUCACCGUGUACCCCAUGAUGUAGUGAGCGCCUUCCAGGAGGCAGCCAGCACUUCAAACCUGACAACUCAGUUCUCACAGAAGACACUUGGGACGUCCCCUCCCACACCCCUCUUGCUUCUCCCUCUCCUUGUUGCCAGUCCACACCCACAUGAACACCCCAGCAAAGGCUGGGACCGCUGGUGAUGUGAAGGUACCAGGUGGCCUUAAAGUGCAAUCUUUACCAACGAUGCAGAGGCUCUUUCUGGUUUUGUCAUUUGGUUUUGUUUUUUGAUGCCCACACUCAGCCAUAGAGCUAAGAGCCCAAAGCCACUCAGAGCAGUGUUGCACUCCUGACUCCUGCUCACCAGUGCUCUGGAAAAGGCGGGACUAGUCAGGGAGCAAAUAGAACUGAGUUUUUUUCCUGACAUCAGUUCAGAAAUGCUUCCUGUCCUGGCUGACCUUCAUGUCAGUUUCAGGACACUGCCUGAUCUCGGAUGAAUAGAAAUGCACCAGCAUGUCCUCCAAGGAACAGGGAAAUGCCCACUUUUAGAAGGAGCCUGCUCAGAGCUGAACUCCCUCCCACAGACAGAACUCAGCCCCAGACUUACAGGUGGUGUGGACCCAGGUCCCCAGCGUCUGCUUUACCGUUGUCUCUUCUAUCUUCCCAUCCCGGUAGCAUCGUGUCCACCCUGCUGUGAACA